AUUACUCAGGAGGCCAGGCGCGGCCUCUUCGGCUCCGAGCAGACCCCAAGGAGGGCAGUGUCGUCUCGGCGGCGCUGUAGAGACCUCCACCCAAGACGGCUCCCCCUCCCCGGGCCUCUCCCGUCUUGCCCGCGAGCCCACUCGCCUCAUAGGCCUCUCGGUUCUAAUAUCUUGGGGUGAGGUGAGAGCAGGCCCGGGGAGGGUGGUUACCGCUGAGGAGCUGCAAUCGCGAUCAAGAUGAUAGAGGUACUGACAACAACUGACUCUCAGAAACUGCUACACCAGCUGAAUGCCCUGUUGGAACAGGAGUUGAGAUGUCAGCCAAAGGUCUGCGGCUUGAGACUAAUUGAAUCUGCACACGAUAAUGGCCUUAGAAUGACUGCAAGACUGAGGGACUUUGAAGUAAAAGAUCUCCUUAGUCUAACUCAGUUCUUUGGCUUUGACACGGAGACAUUUUCUCUAGCUGUGAAUUUACUGGACAGAUUCCUGUCUAAAAUGAAGGUACAACCCAAGCACCUUGGGUGUGUUGGACUGAGCUGCUUCUAUUUGGCUGUAAAAUCAAUAGAAGAGGAAAGGAAUGUCCCAUUGGCAACUGACUUGAUCCGAAUAAGCCAGUAUAGGUUCACAGUUUCAGACUUGAUGAGAAUGGAAAAGAUUGUGUUGGAGAAGGUGUGUUGGAAAGUCAAAGCUACUACUGCCUUUCAGUUUCUACAACUCUAUUAUGCACUCCUUCAAGAGAACUUGCCAUAUGAAAGGAGGAAUAGCCUUAAUUUUGAAAGACUAGAAGCUCAACUUAAGGCAUGCUACUGCAGGAUCAUAUUUUCUAAAGCAAAGCCAUCUGUGUUGGCAUUGUCUAUCAUUGCCUUGGAGAUCCAGGCACAGAGGUGUGUAGAGUUAACAGAAGGAGUAGAAUGUCUUCAGAAACAUUCCAAGAUCAAUGGCAGAGAUUUGACUUUCUGGCAAGAGCUCGUAUCCAAGUGUUUAACUGAAUAUUCAUCAAACAAGUGUUCCAAACCAAAUGUUCAGAAGUUGAAAUGGAUUGUUUCUGGGCGUACUGCACGGCAACUGAAGCAUAGCUACUACAGAAUAACCCACCUCCCAACAAUUCCUGAAAUGGUCCCUUAAUUGGUAAAUUUGGUUCAUAGUUUUUCUCCAUGUAGAGAGACUUUUCUAAUGCUAUAAUUUUCUUCUGCAAUUCAAGAAUUUAAAUCUGCAUUAUUUAAAAAAAAAAUGGAGUUGGACUAGCAGAGGGGAAAAUGACUUCUCUGAUCUAGUCAGCUUGUAUUUGAGGACAUUUACUACAUUCAAGGUACAACACCCUAAGAGUAAGGAAUUCUCUUAACCUUUCAUAUAUAUGUUAGCCAUUUCAUUAAAUUUUCAGCUUAAAAAGCAGCAUCAUUAAUAACCUGAACUUUAAAAGUAGCACUAAAACAGUAUUUUCUUUUUUCAAUUUCACAUCAUUUUGCUGUAUGUAGACUUAGGCUUUGGCUCAUUUAAAGUUACACGAGCCUGAGUGAGGGAGCAGGACCAAAAGUUUGAACCAUACAUUGAACUAAUUUGAGACUGUUAGCUUAUUAGCAAAAUCAGUAUGAACUUGGGUAUUGUACUUAAAAAGUAAGUUGCGGCAGGUGGUCUCUACAUUGAGUGUCUAGAAACUGCCAGGAUGUCUCAACUGUAUAGUGUAUCAUUAUACAUCUCAACUGUGUGUGUAUCAUUGCUAUAGUAGUUGAACACUGGAAAGUACUUACAUGCAUAAAAAAUGUAAGCCUCCUCACAAAUAUAUGAUAUACAUUCUUGCCAUCUAAGUUUAAUUCAUGUUGGUGAUUUCUUUCUUUCUACUCAAAACUAAAUAUUAACAUAGAACACAUCUACAUAAGACGUGAUUAUGAGUCUUAGAUAUUUUAACAGUAAUAUUUGUGGCAGACUUCUGAUAACUUGAUUUUUUUGUUUAUUAGGAUUGGCAGACUUCUGAUAACUUGAUUUUUUUGUUUAUUAGGAUUCUUACAGCAACAAAUAACUCUUCUGAAGCCUUUCUCCUGAGCUGUGGAUUCCAUAAUGUUAUAACGGAUUUAAGCUGUGAAGCCUCAAAAUAUCACAAGUAGAUUAACAUUGGUGUUUUCAGAUUUGGGAAAACUGCCUAAUUAACAUUACCCUAUAGUGGAAUUACUCACAUUUGAAUUCACCUGUGAAGCAUACAAAUCAAAGCUAACAGCAUAAAUGUGAAAUGCUAAUGACAAGCCUGGGAAGGUAAACUGUGAAUCUUCAUUUCUAACACUGAUCCAACUUUCUGUAUUGGGUCAAUAUAUUGUAUUUAGGUGGUGUUAAAAACGGUAACCUACUUAAUUUAAAUUUAAACUUUAAAUUUAAAUAUGAGGUUUACAUCAAAACCACCACUUCACAAAUGCACUUUUAAGGCAUAAUAAGGGUCAGUAUUCUAGGCAGUGAAAAUGGUUUCUUGGCACCCAUAAUGCAAGUAAUAUAUAAUCCAGAGAUGUGGACUUUAUUGCUACAUGGGAGUCACAUUUAAAUUUGAGGGCAUUUUAUAUAAAGCAAAACUACAGACCUAUUAAUUUCAGCAUAUUAAGUUACCUUUAAUAUUUUUCUAGAAAACAGGUGAUGUUCAUAUCCAUGAUUUAAAAAGUUUUAUACAAAAUUUACUGCCUCAGUCUAGUCCCAUCAAGAAAAUUAGUUUUUACUGUAGUAGUAACUCAAAUUAACGUCACUCUGAAAACUUUGAUUUAACACUCCGGAAGUUUUUACUAAGCACUGUUUUUAUGAAACUGUCAUUGCUUCUAAUUUAGAGUUUUGCUUAAAAGGGAGAGAAUAUACUUUCAUUAAUUGCCCCUACUGUGCCAAAGGAAAGUAUUAAGAAAGGUAAGUAGGCAUCUUCAUAAUUAUAAGGUUGCUGAGGUAGUGUUCAGGAUUUCAGUGAACCUAAGGAGAUCUACUGUGUUAAAGUGUCAGUUAAUGUAAUGUGUAGCCUGAAUCCAUCCAGGAUGGCUGUACCCAAGUUUGACAUCAUGUUAUGGGGAGAUAUGCAUUGGAAAAUAAACCAAAGAACCACAGUGUAUCUUAUACUUUUGUAAACCAUGUUUUAUGGAUAACUUUCCAGUUUUCCCAAAAGACUGAUAAAUUUCAAUAUUUUGAAUACAUCAGUGUUAAUUUUGAGUUGGCAGAGGUAACCUAACCAACUACCAUUAUGUUUUGGUACUAAGGGAUAUAACUUUCAAUAAAGUUACUGAAAUGCA